AUGGCAAUUUCUGUUACCAUUUUACUGGCUUAUUUGGUCGUACAUGCUUCAUCACAUGGCGUAGUGACCAAGAUCACCGGUGCUAAUGGCGUAGAAAUGCCCGGCUUGUCAGUUGCUGAUGGCACGCCUCGGGACUGCUCUUCUAAUGGUUGUGGCUCUCAAGCAGACACGGCCAUCAUUCGCGAUAGAGAGAUCAAUAGUGGUGAAGUUGGACCUCUGGGCCGAACCCAAGGCAAUGGGCCCAUCGAUGCCGCUACGAUGAUCCAGAGUUUCAUGGGUGCUGCCUCUGCGCCAACCAACAAUGGUAGUGGAGUAGGUGUGGAAGAUGAUCUAUCUGGCACACCUGUCGCGUCCAAAGCUAGCAAGAACGCUGCCCGAGGCAAAUCAGCCCCACGACAACUGGGUCGGCUCGCCGGUGGUCUCGCCGGGCUGUUUGGUGCCGGCGGUGAUGGCGAUAAGAACACUGGACCUCCUGAAAGCAAUGUUGCAGCCACUGCCGGCACAGGUGCCACCGAGGGCCUGCCUACCUGUGCUGACGACGGCACUAUCACCAUGACCUACCGUCAGAUCAACCAAGAUGGUGCUGGCCCUCUUGAGGCCAUGGUCGACGGCACCUCUGGUGGCACUGAUAUGUCUGCCUUCCAAAACGCCGAGGUGACCCAGGAUGUUCCAGGGCUUGGUAUUCAGGGCCUGUCUCUGGCCACCACAACAGAUUUUCCACUCCAGGUACAAAUGCCAGCAGGAAUGACUUGCGAUGCGAGCGUUGGCGGGGCUGACAAUGUCUGCGUUGUACGCGUGAGGAAUGGCGCAGGUGCUGGUCCCUUCGGCGGAAGCGCCGCUUUCACUCAGAGCCCGGCAGCACGUAAACGUGCACUCGCAUAUCGUAUGAGAAAACGUAUGGAGGUUGCUUUCAAGGCGUGA